UAAGUUGGAGUGUAUGAAUAAGCUGGCUUAAGAAUGGAAUAUGUCUUGACAAAUUCUCAUGUAAAGUCUCCCUACAUUGAAAUGCUUCUUUUUAAUCAAAUGUAGCUGGUUUGGGCAUCCUGUUCUUUUCCAGCAUCCUCCCUUCUGUAGAGUCUGAAACGUUUCCCAACUCCUGCCCUCUCGGAACUGCUUCCUCAUAACUUGAAGUAUUGUUUUACAGCCCAGAACGAGACUUCGCCAGUAGCAGCUCCUCUCAAGCUAGCGAAUUUUAGCCAUAGCUGUUUUUUUUGUACUAAACCCAAAUAAAACUGCACAAACUCGCUCGUCCGCAGCCGCCGUUCCCUCACUGCUUGCGGGUCCUCCUGGCCGCAAGGGGGCGCCGUGGCGGCGCCGCCGGCGCCGCUCCGCCCCGCCCCUUCCGCCUCCUCUGCCGCCGCCGUCGCCGGGAGGUCGCUUCGCUCCGCGCCAUGUCGUCCCACAAGACGUUUAAGAUCAAGCGCUUCCUCGCCAAGAAGCAGAAGCAGAACCGGCCCAUCCCUCAAUGGAUCCGGAUGAAAACCGGCAAUAAGAUCAGGUACAACUCCAAAAGGAGACACUGGAGGAGGACCAAGCUGGGCUUGUAAGGGAGACUGUCCUGGGAGCUCUAAUGAACACUGGUCUUUCUGCAUCAGAUUGAUACACCCUCAAGUCAUUCCUUCUGUGGUGCUGGACUGCACUCCCCAGUGUGGGGUUUUUAUAAGCUGGUCUGGGAUGUUGAUGUUAACUGGGAAAAUCUCUUCUUGCAUCUGAAACGUGGAGACUGUGUUCUAUUAGUGUUCUUUCUUUCAGGCAUCACCAUUAGCAUUGACAGUGCACAGGCUUACUAAUAAAUAUGGACCUGAACUACUUGGUUGAAA